UCCGCGGGAAGCGCCGCCCCUCGCGCAUGGCGGCGCCCGGGUGUCCCUGAGCGGAGGGAGGGGAGUGGCGGCUGCCCGGGGCUGCAGCGGUCCUGCUCCCCAUGGCGCUGAGCAGCCGCCUGCUGCUGGCGGCCGGCGGGCUCCGUGCAGCGGGUCUUCGUUUUGCAUCAACUACAGCCAGUCUCAAAACUGAGACUGAAGUGGACACAAGUGAAAAUGAGGUAGUUGCCCCAAAUUUCACUAACAGAAAUCCUCGGAACUUGGAGCAGAUGGCCCUGGCUAGGAAGGAGCGUGGCUGGAAGACAACAUGGCCAAAGCGUGAGUUCUGGCACAGAUUACGGCUUCAGCGGACACAGCAUUACGUGGAAGCCUUUGUCGAGCGCUCCAACGGGGAUGUUGUGGUAUCUGCCUCUACCCGAGAGUGGGCCAUAAAGAGACACUUGUACAGUCCCAAGGGAGUAGCUGCAUGCAAAAACCUUGGCCGUGUAAUGGCACAGCGCUGUUUGGAAGCAGGAAUCAACUUUGUGAACUUUAAAGCCAUUAUCCCCUGGGAACACCAUUGUGACUCGAUUCAGGAAUUUCAGAAAGCUAUGGAGGAGGGUGGUGUUGUUCUGCAUGAGCCACGAAGAAUCUACCAGUAAAAUGGAGACCGUUGGGAAGACUUUCCAAGGAACAAGGAUCACUUCUUUGUUUGUGUACUGGCGCAGGGAAGGUCCAGAUCUGGAAAGAGUUGGAAUGUGUCAUCUUAUAAUAAAAUAUUUUCAAAUAGGUAGAA